ACUCGGUUCAGUUUUCGGAAGCUCUGGGCUUUUACAGGACCUGGGUUUCUCAUGAGUAUUGCUUAUCUGGACCCGGGAAACAUUGAAUCGGACCUACAGUCUGGAGCUGUGGCCGGGUUUAAGAUCCUCUGGGUUUUGCUGUUAGCCACCAUCAUGGGCCUCAUGUUACAGAGAAUGUCAGCACGCUUAGGAGUUGUAAGUGGCAUGCAGUUGGCUGAGGUCUGUCGCAGGCAUUAUCCUAAGUUCCCUCGGAUUGCGUUAUGGCUGAUGGUGGAAAUGGCGAUCAUCGGUUCGGACAUGCAGGAGGUGAUCGGAUCGGCCAUCGCUCUGAACCUGCUGUCUGUUGGAAGGAUUCCCCUCUGGGGCGGAGUAAUUAUUACUAUUGCAGACACGUUUUUAUUCCUCUUCUUGGAUAAAUAUGGUCUGAGAAAGCUGGAAGCUUUGUUUGGGUUUCUCAUCGCCGUUAUGGUUGGCACCUUUGGUUAUGAGUACGUGACUGUAAAGCCUGACCAGUUGCAGCUACUGAGGGGGAUGUUUGUGCCCAGCUGUGAUGGCUGUGGAAGCGAACAGCUUCAGCAGGCGGUUGGCAUAGUUGGCGCUGUGAUCAUGCCCCACAACAUCUACCUGUACUCAGCGCUGGUCAGAUCCAGAGAUGUGAAUCGAGCAAAUAAGAAGGAAGUGAAUGAAGCCAAUCGUUACUUCUUCAUCGAAGCCUGCGUAGCUUUGUUUUUGUCCUUCCUCAUCAACGUCUUUGUGGUCACGGUGUUUGCGGAAGCUUUUUACAACAAGACCAACGAGCAAGUGCACGAGGUGUGCGCAAACAGCAGUAGUCCACAUGCUGAUCUCUUCCCAGUCAAUAACCAGACUCUGAGUGUCGAUAUUUACAAAGGGGGUGUGGUGCUGGGCUGCUAUUUUGGUGCUGCUGCUCUCUACAUCUGGGCCAUUGGUAUUCUGGCUGCAGGUCAGAGUUCAACCAUGUCAGGGACAUACACUGGACAGUUUGUCAUGGAGGGGUUCUUGAACCUCAAGUGGUCUCGCUUUGCUCGUGUGGUCUUCACCCGGUCAAUCGCAAUCACUCCCACCUUGCUGGUCGCUGUUUUCCAGAAUGUGGACACAUUGACAGGAAUGAAUGACUUGCUAAAUGUUCUGAUGAGUUUGCAGCUGCCAUUUGCAUUGCUCCCAGUAUUGACGUUUACCAGUAUGAGCUCCGUGAUGCAUGACUUCGUCAACGGUCUUGUGUGGAAGAUUCUAGGCGGAAUUAUGAUUCUGAUCAUCUGCUGCAUUAACAUAUAUUUUGUAAUCGAUUAUGUUUCAAAUCUGAAGUUCUUGGCACUCUACAUUGGAGCAGCUAUCGUGUCAGUUGCCUAUUUAUCUUUUGUGUUAUACUUGAUUUGGUUUUGUUUAGUUAAAAUGGGUGUCCCAUUUUUGAACUGCAACCGUGAUGUCAAUGUGAACAAGAUGAUGAUUGUGGAAGAUCAGAGUCAGACUCACUGCCAAUCCCUCCCGGCCGAGCCUUCGAGUAGGUUACCGGCCCCACCGACUGACGAGAUUUCGGGCGGGUUCCCAUUCCCGCCGACCGAUGAGCCUUCAGGCGGUUACCAGUGCCAUCGAAUCUUCGGGCAGGUUAACGGUCCCGCCGACCGCCAACACGUUUCCAGUCUCAUCGACCAUCGCAGCAGGUCCGCAGCAGACGCCAUCUCCCUCGCCCUACACUCAUCUCUGGAACUCCUCGACAACAAGUAUUCUUACAUUGGACUCCUAUUUAUCAGCCAUAGCCCCACCUUCAACACCAUUAUCCCAUCCAAACUCAGCUCCAAUCUCCUGGACCGAGGAAUCAGCGCCCUCCCCCCUCUGUGUGCCAACAUCCAUGGACCAAAGCAGUCUUUCCAGGUGAAGCAAUGA